CCGCCGGAAAGAUGUCGAAUCCUGUGCUGUUACGCCACCUGAAAGGACACCGGGGAAAACUGACGGCCGUUUCGUUCAACCCGGAAGGUUCCCGGUUUGUGACGAGUUCCACCGAUAAUUCCGCGAUCGUGUGGUCCAUCCACGAGCAGGUCCGAUGUAUGCGUUUUGAGGCACACACGGACGUCGUGAACGAUAUCUGCUGGUCCCCGGAUGGGCGCAUCAUCGCAUCGGCCUCGAAAGACCGUUCGGUGAAAAUCUGGAUUCCCUCGAUGCUGGGAAACUGCGACGAGUUCCGCGGGCACACCUCGAACAUCCGUUCAGUAGAAUUCGAUGCAUCCGGCAAGAAGCUACUGACCGCUUCCGACGACAAAACGGUGAAGCUGUGGCGUGUUUCUAGGAAAAACUUUCUCUCGUCGUUCGUGGGCCACACAAACUGGGUCAGGUGCGCACGGUUCUCGCCGAACGGGAAACUAAUCGCCUCCUGCGGAGAUGAUCGUACACUCAAAUUGUUCGAUCCUGCCACCGGCCAAUGCGUUCACACGUUUGUGGACCAGAAGGGGGCCGGCUACAAAGUAGCAUGGCACCCGGACAGUUCGCUCGUGGCCAUCGCGCUCGACAAUUGCCGAGUGAAGAUCUACGAUGUUCACAUCCGCAAGCUUAUCCAGUACUACCGGAUCUUCGAUGGUCCGGUGAACUCGCUUGAUUUUCAUCCUUCCGGAAACUAUCUGAUCACAGGUAGUGGCGAUGGAGUGACAAAGAUUAUCGAUCUGCUAGAAGGACGGCAAAUAUUCACCCUCACCGGCCAUCAGGGUCCAGUGACGGCGGUCAAAUUUACGAAGGAUGGUCAACUGUUUGUCACCGGCAGCGAGGAUCGCCAUGUUAUGCUGUGGCAGGCCAACUUGGACCACGAAUCGGCUCAAAAUUCCCUGUACUCCAGUGAUACGAGCAACAUCAGCGAAACUAUGCCACGGCCUGCAGAUGCAGGCCAACGGAAGCUAAGUUUCAACCACGAGCUCACCGAAACGCAGGCCGAUGACGAUGAAUCAAUUUUCAACAAGGAAAACCUGCCGGACACCAGCGUACUAGUGGAUGCAACGAAAACCGAAAAUUUCAAAAUUUCAGAUGCCGUCGAGGACAUCGUCAUCAGAUUGAAUAAAUCCUCACGCGGUCGAACUCAAAACGAAGCCAACGGUCUACUUAGCCUUACCUUUACCAGCAAACCUACGCCAGUACCCCUAAGCGAGGAGCACGGUCGAUCUAACUUUGAAAAGUUAACGCUGCAACGAUUAACGUCGAUUGCACGACGGUUGGAUAGUUUUGAGAGAAGAAUUACGCUGCUGGAAGAUAUGAUUCUUGAUCGAAAAUCACGCUAGUUUGCAG